UCUGACUUCCAACAUGGCGCACGCAGGUAGCGGCGGCGGCAGCGGGGGCUCCGCGGGCCGGGGGCUGAGCGGCGCCCGCUGGGGUCGCUCCGGUUCCGCGGGCCACGAGAAGUUGCCGGUGCACGUUGAGGACGCCCUCACCUACCUGGACCAGGUGAAGAUCCGCUUUGGCAGUGACCCCGCCACCUACAACGGCUUCCUGGAGAUCAUGAAGGAGUUCAAAAGCCAGAGCAUCGAUACUCCUGGAGUCAUCAGGCGUGUCUCACAGCUCUUCCACGAGCACCCUGACCUCAUUGUUGGAUUUAAUGCUUUCCUUCCCCUCGGAUACAGAAUAGACAUUCCCAAGAAUGGCAAGUUAAACAUACAGUCGCCUCUGACAAGCCAGGAGAAUUCGCACAACCAUGGUGACUGUGCAGAAGACUUCAAGCAGCAGAUGCCGUAUAAGGAGGACAAACCCCAGGUGCCCUUGGAGUCAGAUUCUGUAGAAUUCAACAACGCCAUCAGCUAUGUGAACAAGAUUAAGACCCGCUUCCUGGACCACCCAGAGAUCUACAGGUCAUUCCUAGAGAUACUCCACACUUACCAGAAGGAGCAACUACACACGAAGGGCCGGCCGUUCCGAGGCAUGUCUGAAGAGGAGGUCUUCACUGAGGUGGCCAACCUCUUCCGGGGCCAGGAGGACCUGCUGUCUGAGUUUGGACAGUUCCUGCCUGAAGCCAAGCGGUCUCUGUUCACAGGCAACGGGCCAUGUGAAAUGAACAACGUCCAGAAGAGCGACCAUGACAAGAGUCUGGAGCACGGCAAGAAGCGCUCCCGGCCCUCGCUCCUCCGGCCCGUGUCCGCCCCUGCCAAGAAGAAGAUGAAACUCCGAGGUACCAAAGACCUGUCCCUCGCGGCCGUGGGGAAGUACGGGACCCUGCAGGAGUUCUCCUUCUUUGAUAAGGUGCGCAGGGUGCUGAAGAGCCAGGAGGUGUACGAGAACUUCCUGCGCUGCAUCGCCCUCUUCAACCAGGAGCUGGUGUCGGGCUCCGAGCUCCUGCAGCUGGUCAGCCCGUUUCUAGGGAAAUUUCCAGAACUGUUUGCACAAUUCAAGUCUUUCCUGGGGGUAAAAGAGCUGUCGUUUGCGCCACCCAUGAGCGACCGAUCUGGGGAUGGAAUAAGCCGGGAAAUUGACUAUGCAUCCUGCAAGCGCAUCGGGUCCAGCUACCGGGCUCUCCCCAAAACCUACCAGCAGCCCAAGUGCAGCGGGAGGACAGCCAUCUGCAAGGAGGUGCUGAAUGACACCUGGGUCUCCUUCCCCUCCUGGUCAGAAGACUCCACCUUCGUCAGCUCCAAGAAGACGCCCUACGAGGAGCAGCUGCACCGCUGUGAGGACGAGCGAUUCGAGUUAGAUGUUGUCCUGGAGACCAACCUGGCCACCAUCCGUGUGUUGGAAAGUGUGCAGAAGAAGCUCUCGCGGAUGGCACCAGAAGACCAGGAGAAGUUCCGGCUGGAUGACUCCCUGGGCGGCACGUCGGAGGUGAUCCAGAGGCGCGCCAUUCACCGCAUCUAUGGUGACAAAGCCCCUGAGAUCAUCGAGAGCCUCAAGAAGAACCCCGUCACCGCCGUGCCUGUCGUCCUGAAGAGGCUGAAGGCCAAGGAGGAGGAGUGGCGGGAGGCCCAGCAGGGCUUCAACAAGAUCUGGCGCGAGCAGUAUGAGAAGGCCUACCUCAAGUCCCUGGACCACCAAGCCGUGAACUUCAAGCAGAACGACACCAAGGCCUUGCGCUCCAAGAGUUUGCUCAACGAGAUCGAGAGUGUCUAUGAUGAGCACCAGGAGCAGCACUCGGAGGGCCGCAGUGCCCCCUCCAGCGAGCCGCACCUCAUCUUCGUCUAUGAGGACAGGCAGAUCUUGGAGGACGCGGCGGCCCUCAUCAGCUACUACGUGAAGCGGCAGCCAGCCAUCCAGAAGGAGGACCAGGGCACCAUCCACCAGCUGCUGCACCACUUCCUGCCCAGCCUCUUCUUCUCCCAGCAGCUGGACCUGGCGGCUUCAGAGGAGUCAGCCGAUGAGGACCGGGACGGCCCCCAGGGCCAGAGCUCAGACCCCAGCGAACGAAAGAAGCCAGCAUCAGGGCCACAGAGCAGCCCCCCAGAGGAGAAGGGGACCUUUGGGGACACGCCAGCUGCUGAGCAGCCACUUGCACCACCACCCAAGCCGCUGGACGACGUGUAUAGUCUCUUCUUCGCCAAUAACAACUGGUACUUCUUCCUGCGCCUGCACCAGACCCUGUGCUCCAGGCUCCUGAGGAUCUACCGCCAGGCCCAGAAGCAGCUGCUGGAGCACCGCACCGAGAAGGAGCGGGAGCAGCUGCUGUGCGAGGGCCGCAGGGAGAAGGGCAGCGACCCCGCCAUGGAGCUGCGCCUCAAGCAGCCCAGUGAGGUGGAGCUGGAGGAGUAUUACCCGGCCUUCCUGGACAUGGUGCGGAGCCUGCUGGAGGGGAGCAUCGACCCCACGCAGUACGAGGACACCCUGCGCGAGAUGUUCACCAUCCACGCCUACAUCGGCUUCACCAUGGACAAGCUGGUACAGAACAUCGCACGACAGCUGCACCACCUGGUGAGCGACGACGUGUGCCUGAAGGUGGUGGAGCUCUACCUGAAUGAGAAGAAGCGGGGAGCUGCUGGCGGGAACCUGUCUUCCCGCUGUGUCCGAGCCGCCAGGGAGACCAGCUACCAGUGGAGGGCGGAGCGCUGCAUGGCCGACGAGAACUGCUUCAAGGUGAUGUUCCUUCAGCGCAAAGGACAGGUGAUCAUGACCAUCGAGCUACUGGACACUGAAGAGGCCCAGACAGAGGACCCUGUGGAGGUCCAGCACUUGGCCCGCUACGUGGAGCAGUACGUGGGGACUGAGGGCGCGUCCAGCUCCCCCACCGAGGGCUUCCUGCUGAAACCCGUGUUCCUGCAGAGGAACCUCAAGAAAUUCCGGCGCUGGCAGUGCGAGCAGGUGCGGGCGCUGCGCGGUGAGGCCAAGAGCUCCUGGAAGCGGCUCAUCGGGGUGGAGAGCGCGUGCGACGUGGACUGCCGCUUCAAGCUCAGCACCCACAAGAUGGUGUUCAUCGUGAACUCCGAGGACUACAUGUACCGCCGCGGGACCCUCUGCCGGGCCAAGCAGGUACAGCCCCUGGUGCUGCUCCGCCACCACCAGCACUUCGAGGAGUGGCACAGCCGCUGGCUAGAGGACAAUGUGACCGUGGAGGCAGCCAGCCUGGUACAGGACUGGCUCAUGGGUGAGGAGGACGAGGACAUGGUGCCCUGCAAGACGCUCUGCGAGACGGUGCACGUACACGGCCUGCCCGUCACCCGCUACCGCGUGCAGUACAGCCGCCACCCAGCCUCGCCCUGAGCAGCCCCGAGCAGUGACGCGCCCUUGGCCACAGCCUUCGUCCUUGGGAUGUUUUCCUGAACAAGUUGGGGCCUCUUGUCCCCAGCCCCGCUGCUGCGGGACAGCCAGCCCCAGAGCAAGGCCCUGCCUCCCCUGGGCUCCCUGGCACGUGUGGGCCUGUCCUGUGCCAAACCUGAUCCCUCUGCACUUGGGCCCUGGGCGCAGCCCCGGCCCCCAGGGGUGGGCAGACACCCUGGCCAAGGAGCCCCACUGUGCAUCAGGUGCCAAAUCCCUGCUGGGUGGGCACGUGCCAUCACUGACCCUGAAGUCCCAGGGUCUUGGAAAAGUCACAGGUGACAGAUAUGCAAGGCCUGUGCUUGGGAGGGGCUGGGUGUCCCCAAGACCCUGACACCAAAGUAGCUGGGCCCUGGGUGGACCCACUUGUAAAGCAGGUCCUUCCCCAGCUCCCCAGAAACGUUGCCUGAGGGUUGGGUGUCAGUCGCGCGGGUGUCAGUCGCGCAGCCAGUGAUGGGCACCCUUGGUCAUUCUGGAGAAGAGCCCCUCCAGCCCAGCGCUGGGGCUCCCACCGUAACUGUCCAGACCUGGAGCCGGCGUCUGUGCCUAGAAGACCCCUCUCUGGAUUAGAGAUGCCAGACCCCUUGCUGAUCCAGCAGUCACUCCCUGUCCCUGAGGGGAGGGGCUCAGGCCAGGUGCCUCUCUAGAGUGGUGGCCCCACCCAGGGAGCCCUGGGGCACCUGGUCCUGCCCUGCAGUGGGGGUCCUGGAAGUACAUGUGUGCGCAUGAGCAUCUGUUCCUUUGCGCUCUCCUAGUGGCCCUUACCUCUGCAGCAGCCCAGGCCUGCGGCUUCUUAGGGCUGGGGUCUCUGGACGCCGAGUCUCUGUCCUGCAGCACCACCCCAGCAGCCACGCAGCCCUCUGCCUGUCCCCGGGACAGCUCAGCUGCUCCCGGGGUCAUUUUCUGUCUUUGCGAAGAGCCGAGGUGACCUGUCCCUCACUGGCCMCCAGGCUCUCUCUGCCAGAUCCCACAGGGCGGACUGGGCCAGCGUCUUGGACCUCUUCCCCCAACCUCCUGCCCAGUCCCAGCAUCGGAGGGAGCUGGCCCAGAGCAGCCGAGCUCAGCCUCCUGCAGCACAGCUGUGCCAAACUCAAGGAUCCAGGCAGCAAAGAUGUGUUUCUAGAAGUUUCCUGUGGGACUGGAGGCUCCCAACACCUGUGACCCCAGGCCUGGGCACUUCUGAGCCCAUGAGCCCAACACGGGGCCCUUGCCUGUCCCCAGUGUCUCGCAGGCACUUUGUACGCAGCCUGGUCUCCUAGGAGGGGAUCUGAUCUCGGGGACUCCUGAGCCAGUCCCGCAGCUGGCCGCCUGGGCCCGCCCAGCCCGCAGCCCUCCCCGCCCUCCCCUGUGGCCAGGGGGAGAUGGGGCCUGGGUGCUCCCGAGCCCCUCCCCGCGGCCGUCCCACCUCCCGCAUGCUUCUGUGGAGCGGCCCUCCGUUUCCAAGGAAUUUCUGUUCUGGGGCUUGUCCUUCCUUCGCAGCUGUUUUGAAUGUAGUUUUCCAUUUCUAUUUAUUUGCACAU